UGUGGUGUUUAAUGUGUUGAGGUUAUGAUCCACCCAACGCUAUUUUUCAACGAAAUGCAGAAAUGAAAACGUAUUUAAAUGGAUUCUUCCAAUGACAGCUUUGCGUGGACGGAAGCUUCGGAUUCUAGUGACGAGAGAGACAAUAUGGUGGUAGAAGUAGAGCAUACGAAUGGGGACAUAAAUGAAAGUGAUGAUGUGAGAGAGGUCAACAGUGAUCAAGUAGAGAAACGCACUAAAGUUCAAUCGGAGAAGAAAUCGCGACGAACUAAUAAAAUAUCUGACAGAAUACAAUUUGAAGAUGAAAUUGAAGUGAACGGGCAUCUUUCUGACUCCAGUGAAGUUACAGAGUCCAAAAACAUACGACGCUACCUAAAAUCUAAUCCACACUUGAAGCCAAUAUCGAUAAGGGAAGUAAAUUCGUUAAUAUCGAAAGACGAUGAUGUCUGGAUUUUAAAAUGCCCACUCGGGAUAGAUGUAACACAACUACAAAACUCCGAUAUAACUAUUGAUGAGAAAUGUAAAAUGAAAAUUGAUAGUCAAACCUUUCACGGUAACUUAAAUACAGACUGUAAUAGUGUAACUAUUCUUAAUUAUCAUAAAAUGAAUCCUGUAAUAAAGAAUGUGUCAAUACAUGGUAUGGUCAACUUUAAAAAAAAGAUACCUAGACCACACUAUUUUGAAGAUAAUGUAAUGGUUAAUAAUCAGACUAAUUUUAUACCCCUGCCUGAUACUAAGUGUAGGCAUCCUUUAUUCGGAACAGAUUAUAAAAGAGCUAUGAAGAUUCCUGCUGCAGUAAAGGCUCGUUUCAGAGCCGUAGAGCUUCGGGAUGAAGAGCUUGCAGAAGUACAAGAAGUAAAAAGUGAAAGGAAAAGAAAGAAAAAACAUAAGAAAGAGAAAACUGAACUCGACGUGGUUGAUACCAAAGCGGAAGUGCCUCGUAAAAAGAGAAAACAUUUACAUACGGAUGAGGAAGAACCAGCGCCUAAGAAAUCGAAAAAAAUGAAACAUGAUCCAGAUAAAGUUUGGGAGUCGGAAGAAGCAAUAAAAGAGAGCUUAUUUAAUUUCUAGAUUGUUAAGUUGUUGGUUGACGUUUUUGCGUUUGUCGUGACGCAGACGACGGUCUUUUUCGUUGUUCUUAAUUGUUGUACUAACCGAAUAGGCUAGCAUGUGAUUGUAUUGCACGGUACGGUGUUAAAAAAUAUUGAGAAAAGAGAUAUUUCGAGUGAAGUAUCGCAAGUAAUGCGUUUUAAUAUUCCAAACGCAGGACGAACACUCUUGUGUACCAAUUUUAUAAGGUUUUGGAGAAAAUUUACUUCAAAGCUUUUUGAUCUUUAUACUUAAAAAUGAUAAAAAAUAUUGCAAUUGAAAAAAUAAAAACACAAGUCAAUAUUUAUUAUCAUGAUAUGAACAGGUAUUUAAAACACUAUUGCCUGUUUUCUAAAAUGCAGCUGUACCUUAAAAACGGUUAGAAAUAUCCUUAAAACAAAUACAAUUAUUUUAAUAAAAUAUCAGAAAAGAGGAAGUUUGUUAAUUUUUAAAAUUUAAAUUUUAUUCGUGAUAGCAAAUAUCUUUCAAAUUUUUGCUUUCACAAUAUUUCAGGCAUUCAAAAGUUUUUAAA